AUUUUCAUUUUAUAUUUUAGUAUCAUAUGUUAUCAGCGAUAUUGAUCUCUGGUGCUUUGGCGAAUGUAUCUCUUAGAAGAGGCGUGUCCAUGACAACUAUAGGAGUAACAGGAGGCGGUUUUAUUCGUAGACAUGGAACAAAUAUGGAUUCGUAUGGUGACCUUCUAGAAUGCCAGUGUCCACCAAAUAAUGAGUGCAAAAUAGACUAUAAAUUGGACAAAAAUGUAUUACAUCUUCAACAUCUACGUGGUAUAAUAGAGGAUCAUGAUCUCCGAAGGUUUUAUAAAGAGAACAACGAGUCAAUCGUUGUUAGACGAAGACGCAAUAGUGGUAAUACGUGUUGCUGUCCAACGAUAGUAGCAAAAGUACCAGCUUUUAUAACGGAAAAGAGGUUUAAGGAUGUCAUAAAACGUUUUGAAAAUAAUAAAAUCCCUUAGUCUAAAUGAAUCAGUUACUUUAUUAAAUAUGGUGUGUAGACAGCUAAACCGUU